AGGAGAGCGAGCCCGGGAGGGAGGGGAGGGAUGGGAGGACUGAGUCACUUCACUGGGAGCCAGUCACUGGCGAAGCUCAAGCUGUAGCUCCGUCCCCUCCAGUCCGCCCGGAGCCACAGGAGCAGCAGCAGCUCGCGCUCACCGCUCCCUGUCAUUCGCUCUUCGGCAGCGGCAGCAAGUCCGCUAACCUCCUCUUCCCCCCUCCCCUCCCCACCUCUCUCACCCCCCGCCCCCGGGGGCAGCGUCUAAAGCAACCAGCAGCUGGAGCCGCCGCUCCUCAGCAGCUCCAGUGUCUCCCCAUUCCUGUGAAGGUUCAGGGACCACCAACUCCCAACAGCUCACUCCCCCAGUUACCCUGACCUGUCUAACAUGAGAACAUAAAAUUUACCUUUUUUGUUUUUUUAAUUUAAAAAGAGACAUCCGACUCUCAACCUAUUUUAUUUUAAAUUAUUUUUUCAAAAAGUCUCCGUCCUCAAUUUUCCUUCAAAUUAAUGGUGGUUAUCAAACCUUGAGAAUUCUCAAGAGAACUGUGACCAAACCACAUUUUGCCAUGAGUGGAGUUCUGAAACGAAAGUUUGAAGAAGUGGAGGAUGACCCCUGUUACUCAUCAUCUCCGUCAUCAUCCUCUUCCUCCUCUUCAUCAUCCUCCUCUGCCGCUUCAUCUUGCUCUUUGUCCUCCAGCUGGGACUCUGAUGAUGACAGCUCUUGUGGUGAAACAUGGGCAACCAGAAGUAAUGCAGCUUUCCCUUCAAUACCAUUUACCCCUGUGCCCAUCCUGAAGAGAUCUAAACGCAUGAGAAAGAACAACGUCCAAUUUGACCGCGUUGUCGUGUUCUAUUUCGCACGAUGUCAGGGAUUCACUAGUGUUCCAAGCCAGGGUGGCUGCACCCUGGGGAUGGCCAACAAGCACAGCUCAUGCAGGCAGUACACGCUCGCAGAGUUUGCAAAAGAACAGGAGCUUGUGCGCUGGGAGAAAAUCAAGGAACUUUUGAAAGAACAGAAGCUGGAUUCUUUAAGGCUGCAGUUGACAAAGAAUGGUACUGCUGACUCUGAACAGGCUGACAGGCUCACCGUGGACGACAUCUCAGAUGACGACAUCGAUGUUGGCGAGGUGGAGCUCGACAGCAACUUCUUUCCCCAGCCAUAUCCAGCUAAGAAAAGGCACGUGCUGCUGAAAGCAGCUGGAGUGAAGAAAAUCGACAGGGAGGAAAAACGGGAGCUGAAUGCAAUCAGAGUGUCGCGUGAGGACUGCGGCUGUGACUGUAAGGGAUUCUGUGAACCAGAGACUUGCAGUUGUAAUCUGGCAGGAAUUAAAUGCCAAAUGGAUCGCAUGUCUUUUCCCUGUGGUUGUACAAAGGACGGUUGUGGUAACACAAAGGGGAGGAUAGAGUUCAACUCUGCCAGAGUGCAGACACACUUCAUCCACACCAUUAUGAAGUUGGACUUGGAGAAAAGGCAACCAAAUGGUGAAAAUAAAAAUGGAGAGUCAGACAUGCCACACCUGGAAAAUUCCCAGCACUAUGGUUACUCAGCAGACAAGGCUGCAUUUCAGGACAGAAGUGCCUCCUUAACACCAGCCUUUCACUUCAGUGAGGAGUCAGAUGAUAGCGAAGAUAACAGCUGUAGCAGUGACAUGACUGACUCCAGUUCAUCAAAUUACAGUGAGGAGGUAGAUGAGGGAAGUAAUGACCAUUUCCUGGAUAACGCACAGCAGUCUCAUCAAACAGCAGACAUUGACGAUGAUGGACUGGCCCGAAUACUCCAUUUUAAUGAUUCGGAUAAUGAGUGUGGUAACGAUGCCGAGAAUCAGGAUGGCUUUCCUUACUUUAACCCAUCAGAUUUUUUUUGUGAGACUGGUGACCAGCACUAUAACAUGGAAAGCUUCAAGUUCAACACUGAGUACUACACUAAUCAUUUGCCCAGCUUGGAUGAGAAUGCUAAUCAGGAGGGCAGUUUCCCACUGGGUGAUGUAGCUCCAACACAGGGUAAUGGCCAUGUCUAUGCCCCAGCUCACUGCUCAGAGCAAGCCACGAAAAGCUAUACUGACCUCAGCCUGUCGACUGACUCCUUCGAAUUUUUCCAGUCGUUCUCAGAGUUCAACUAUGGAUCUUUUCACAACCCACAAAAGGACUACGAAAACACGGACAAUUGUCCAACACUGCAGUUUCAGUUCCCUGGGUUUCCCAGUUUCUCUCAGACUGCCGACUCAGGCAGCUGUUUCCUGGAGUCUCUGAUUGGUCUGGCUGAGCCAAUCACAGCAGACUCAUUCCCAGAGCCUCCUACACCUUUCCCAGACAGUCAGCAUCUCGAAGAAGCCAUCAAAACAUCCAUUAUGGAAACUGUGAAGGUUUGACUUCAGAUUAUUGAAGUGACUGGUUCCAAAUUUCUUUUUCUUUUCAAAGAUUAUUGAUAUAUAUCUUUUAUGAAAUGACAGAUGUAUUGGGGGAGUGGUUUCAGAAUUAAUUGAAAUUAUGAGUCAAGGAAUCAUUCUGCAGUAAUUAGCCUUCAAUUGUAUUAACCAUGGAUCCACUGAGGCUAUAAAUGGCAAAAUGAUUCUUCAGCUUGGAGAAGUGGGAGCGAUACUCCUGACUAUCAAUUGGUAAUGAUUUGUAUGAGAGAGCUAUAUAUUGUUUAAACCAGAAAGAUAAUUGGACCCUGAGUUUAUUGUAAUAGUGACGUAUCCAUGCCGAAUAUCGGUGGUACUUUAGUGAAGAGUGGGACAGAAAUGAUGACUUACUGAUGACACUUAAAGUGGAAAUGGAAGAAGUCUCAACAUGUUUGGCUUCUUAUCAAUGGACAUCUGGCAGCUAAAAUUAUUUGGACAAUAACUUAACAUCUUUGUGACCAAUCCUAUUCAAAGAAUCACCUUUGUUUUCUUCAGCUCCAAUCACCUAUCCUGUACUACGUGAUGUAUUUUGUGUUUGUUUUUCCUCCACCCCUGUAUGAAUCCUGAAAGCAACUACUCACGCUAGGCUACAGUUCAGUGUUGCUGCUGGACCUUCUUAACCUCAUUUCAACGCCUGUGCUACAUGAGCCUACACAACGAGUGCUGGCAAGCUGUUUAAACAGCCACACCUAACGCUAUGCUCUUAUGCCACUGUGUCCACAUGCCCUUGGUGAAGAUCACGAUAGGGAAUGGGUACUCUGACCUACACAGAUUGAAGCUCAUGGGAGCACCCCAUUUUUUACUUUCAGCCUGACUCAGAUCAACUAACUCAACCCAAAUCAGCCGUUGAACCUGGAAUUCUCCUGGCAUUUAUGCUUCAGUAUUGCCACGAAGACUACAUUGUGCACUAAGCCAUUUUGGUAGCCCCCAUAUUAGUACAUUAUGACAUGUUAGAAAUGAGUCUUGUUCACAUCUGCUUUGGAUCAAGUAAUUAUUGAUAAUUAGGAAAAUUAUUUUUCAAGCUGUGAAAGUUGCCCCUUUUAUCUCAAAGUGAGAGUGAUAGUUGAGAUUGUCCAGUGGAAGCGUGCAUUGAGGUUGUCUCGGUAACACAACAUGAUUUUAUAUUGCACCUUUAAUGUGGUAAAACAUCCCAAGACAUUUCAAAGGAGGGUGAUCAGACAAAACUUGACAGCCACAUAAGGACAUGUACAGCAGGUGAUCUAUAUCUUAGUGAAAGAAGUAAGCUUAAAGGACAUCUUAAAAGCAUGAGCGAGAGGUGUGUAGGUUUAAGGAGAGAAUUCUGGAGUUUAGAGCGUAGAUGGCUGACAGUGGUAAGGUAAAAGAAAUUACCACACCAUGAAGGACCAGAACUGCAGGAGUGCAGAGUUCUCACAGGGUUGUAGGGCUAGAGGAGUUUUCACAGAUAGGGAAACAUAAGGCAAAUAUGAACACGAUGAGAAUUUUAAUCAUCCCGGUUUUUGCACUCCCUCUGAUGCUAAGAUUCCAACCUAUGUGGCAGAGCAAGUUGUCUAUACAAUUUGGUCUGGAUUCUGAAACUAAAGAUCGUAAUUUGAUACUAAGCUUCAAUUUUGCGAUAUCUACCAAAAGUAGAUGUGCAGCAUCUAAUGCAAUGGUAUGUAUCACUUGUGCUAGUGACAAGAGCAUUGAUGCUGUGCCAACCUUUAAAUUUAUUGUAUUAGUUAACUUCCACAAUAAGAACAUCUUUGACCUCUUCUUACCGUUGUCCGUUGGAUGCUAACCCAGCGUCUCAUUCACUGGAUGACUAGAACUUGGGUAUGCAAUAAAUGUACACAUCACUGGUAAAAAAAAGAACAAUUACAGGAUUCAAUCCAUGUAAUCAUUGUAUGAUUAAAUGGGAUUGAAUCUCUGCAUCCUUUGACAACAAGGGGCUGCAGUCCAAUUAAUAUUUAUUUACUGCAGGCAGAUUGUACAACUGGAAUUUUAAACAAAAACUGGAAAUGCACAAACAGAUCUGUCAGUGUAUGAGUUUUAAACGUAACUGUUUGAGUUCAAGUGAAGUUUCUUCACUUAACAUUGCAAGACUGAAAAGUCAGGCCACUGAUUGACCUGUUCUCCAUUUCCAGCACUUUUCCUAUUUUAUAUAUAUCCCUACAAGAUAAAGAUUCUUUGAAUGGCUAAUGCACAAAUUGACUGACUUACUAUGCAAAGUCUUAACUACAGCCGAGCCUAGCAAAUUGCAAUUUGUAGGUGCAAAGUACAUUGAUAAAGCCAACUUGAGACAAGGUCUUAAAUAACAAGAAGUUAAUAAGUAACUUUGUAAUACUGUACCUUAAGUAUUACAUGUGCAGUUUUUAUUUAUUUUGUACUGUAUUUAUUUAUUUUUGUACAUGCAGUACUGCAAGAAGCACUGUGGUUUAAUAAUGAAACAAUGGAAGUGCAAUACAGCCUUUCAGUAGCACUGGUCUUUCUGAUCAUUACACUGUUAUGAUAACUGUGUUUGCUCGAGCAGUAUUGUCACUAGUCGUCUUGGUACCAAUAUGCUACAGAAAAACAAAAUUUCAAAAAACCAGCUGCAUAUUGCAGUUUUGACCAUGCACUUUUUAAUCCCACACCUUUUUUAAAUUUGCCACCUUAGAGACGCUCCUAUUUUCACCAGCAUGAGACCUGUAACCACCUGUACUCUAUCCUUGUGUGUUAUCCACAGCCUAAAAAAUGUAAUUUCCACAUAAGCAAAGUUCAGAGGGACAAAAGCUCUGAAUGUUGCCUGGGUAUUUUUCAACGCAAACUUUGCCUAUCAAAGGAUCACUAAAAAUUCUAGUGACAGCACUGCUUCAGUCAAGUGAAACACUUUAUCGCAGAUUCUUGGCUUUUCUCCAAGAACUCUGCAAAAUGUUUUAAGAUUUGAAAAGUACCUUUUAGUAAGAAACCAUUUUUUAAAAAUAAUUAAAUACGUGAAUUACAUUCAGACUUUGUGCUUUAGGCUGUAUUUUUGGCAUGAAGGUCGUAGCUCUGUAAAGGUGCUAGGGAUUUGAAACCUUUAAUUAUUUAAAAUUCCACAAAGUAGCUAAUUUUUUUUAAGCUUUACAGUUUAUAAUUUAUUUGAAAUUCUGUGAGGAAGUAGCAUGCAUGGUUCAGCCCAGUGUCUAAUAUGCAGAGGAACUAUAAACAUUUUGUAGCAGAGGGGACAGGGUAGAAUAAAAGCAAUAAGACCUGAAAGAUGGAGAAUGCAAAUUAAAAAGGAAAGAAUAAUAAAAUUAAAACUAUUACACCAAUCUAUUUUCCAAAGAGCUCUUUGUUUUGUUUUGCAAACGUUUAGUGAUCCAUUUUUUUCUAACGUAUGAACUUUUAGUCUGUUAAAUACAGAGAAGUCUCAUCAAUUUGAAAAGAAACUGCAACUGUCUACAGACUCUCAUGUUUUUGAAAGUGAAAAGAAAGGAUACUGUUGGGUAAAGAUGACAAUUCGUUCAAUCCCAGUUUGUACAAAAUUUCCCACUAUUUCAAUGGGUUAACGUGUUAAAAAUAGUACAAUAAGGAGCUCGGUAUGAUGGGUUAAUUGUUUCUACUUGACAUUUCAGUUCAGUUGGAGGAGGGCUUUUUAGAUGCAGGAGGUGAGUCUGUGGUCAAGUUAAUAUUUUUUCUUCAACCCCCUGAAGUUUCUCUGCAUAAACAAUCUGGACCAAGCAAUAUGCAGUUGUACUGCCUUUAAAAAUCAUUAAUUUAUUUUUUUUUGUUCCCUUUCAGUUGUUUGUGGCAAAAAUUGAAUUCCGUUCCUUCUCAAAGGCACUAGAAAUCUGUAAAUAAGUUAAAUCUCACUCCAUUGUAUGAUUCAUUUUUUUGCCUGACUGUACAUAAAUGAAAAUUGGUAUUUAUUACAAAACUUAAUGUUAUGUAUUGAAUUGAUUUGUCUGUACAUCUCCCAUUUGCCUUCAAUAUGUAAAUAAUAUAUAUUAGACUUCAAUAAUUUUGCAGAAUGGUACGAUGAUUUUUUUAAAAAAAAACACAUUUAGCUUAAUCUGUAAAAUAUGUUGGUGGAUUACAUGCUAUUCAUUUCAUCCAAGCCGUAUGAAACCAUUUUCAUCAUACUUUUAAAUAAUAAAAUUAUAUAUGCAAGAA